AUCACAUGAUCCCACUCAGCACAAACGCGGAAGUCAUGGGUUCUCUCACGGGAACUAAUUGAAACGAAGGCAGCGAGCUGUCAAACAUGUCUCUUUAUCAACAAAACACACUUUUAGUGGUGUUGCUGAGCUAUAUUUACGCUACUGCGUCAAGCGAAGAAGCUAACGUCACACUUUCCGCUUCGGCAGUGGUCAAUUCGCCCGUUUUCAAGCCCGCGGAGGUGGACUCUUCCGCCUCGCUUCGGCUGUUGUCUACUUUCCCGGGCGACUUGGAGAUCAGCGACUACUGCAGCGAGCUGCUUCGCAUUUUUGGUGAGCGGUAUGUGGCCUAUGUCAACUGCCUGGUUCCGUCGGCACGGCCGGUUAAAGUGUGUCAGAACUGUUUCGCCAGCUAUGGCAGCCUGGUGACAACCUACGCGAACAUCUCUUCUGAGAUGGGUCCUGCCAAUGAGAGCUGCAGGGACAGUCUUCUUCGAGGAGAUCGACUGAUGAUGAUUUAUCUACUCUUCAACAACCUGAAGGACCUGUGGAUCAAAUCAGCCUGCGAUAACUGUAUUGUAGAUGGAUUCCAGAACCUAACUAAUGACUCGCUAUACUUCAUAUCCACCCUCAACCAAACUCUCAGCUGCUUUGAGAGAUACCAACAGGGGAACCACACCGAGCUGUGUACAAACUGUAAGAGCGUCUACAGGAGCCUCAAUGAGCUAUACAGCAGCAUGGAGAAGAACCAGACGUUGUGCAUCGACAUUGAGGAUGGGAUGAACAUGACCCGCAGACUGUGGAGUAAGAAUUUCAAUUGUUCCUUCCCCCGGGAGGAGACGGUGCCUGUCAUCGCCGUGUCCAGCUUCAUGCUCUUUCUGCCCAUCAUCUUCUACUUGAGCAGCUUCCUUCACUCGGAACAAAAGAAACGCAAGCUCAUACACCCCAAGAGGGCGAAGUCCUACACCUCCAGUCUGAUGAACAUCCAGGACAAGCAGAGCUGAUAGAAGCCAACUGGGUGAAAAUUGGCAUUUUGGAGGUUUGACUCUCUUCACAGCAGGUUGUUUACAGGCUGCAUUCACCUGUUGAUAUUUAAAGAACACAUUCACUUUAAAAUUGAAUUCCCUGGUAUUUUCAAUGUACAUCGGUAACACCAUUUUCCUGUCAUGUAUAUUGUACAACAAGCACACACUGUAAACUUGUCAUUAACUUAAGUUACCUUUUUAUUGCAGUUGUAACCAGACAUUAGGAUUUUUCACCCUUUAAGUUUGAUAGUGCGGUACGUUGUUACAUAUACAAUACACACAUUUUACACACAGAUUGUGAUUUGAUGUAAACUUAAUAUACAGGAGGUUGGUAUUACUUUAGGGCUUUUGGGCCUUGGCGGAGGUCUGCACAAGUCCCAUUCUACUUCAAGAUUAAACUCAUAUUGAGCAAUUUAAUAAGUCGUUAUUUAAUCUUGAUGUGUAAGAGGCCGGUUACUUCCUAGUAUGUGACUAUUAAUUACACAUGUUGGUGCACAAAGAUCCUACCCCAUCCGUGUGUGCAUGUUACACAUGACUGAAUGAGAGUAUGUGCUCUGGUUAUGGAUGGAGAAAUGGGUUUUAUGUCUGUAAUGCAUGUUCAGAAGAGAGCCACAGAAAAAGGAAGCACUUGAUGUCCAUUAGCGGUGACAUGUGUCUGCUGCGUGAAGAGGGUGCACAUCACUGGGUGUGUUUUGUUAUUAGGAGGGGAAAAAAAAAACAUCACAAGACAUAAGUCAUGAGAGCAGUCAGUAAUGCACUAAGAUGUUACCUGCCUCCUGAAAUCAGUCAUUAAUGGAUUCAUUCAUUUUUUUAAUCUAAUUUGUGCUUGUUUUUUUUAAUGUUUUGUUAAUUUAAUUUACACAUUAGAUUCAUGAGUGGUGAUGAGCAAAACAAAUAUUAGUCACUAAUGUCUCAUCACUGUUUUAAAUGCCUACAUUUCCUCAAUGAUUAGUGUGGAAACCCAUGAUUUUUUUAUGGCUGUGCCAAAGUCUUAUUUAAAAUAGGAUUAUCUAAAUAUAACAACCAUUCUAUGUAUGAGGUGUGUUAUAAAGCUGAACCGUUGAUAUAAUGGCUGGGUGAUUAAAGGUGCAGACAUGUCCCAAAAUCUAUGUGUUUUGAUCUGACAAAUCUUAAGUA